CUCUCUCUCUCUUUAAUACAUAUAUUAGAUUUAGCUUCAGCAAGGUAUUUUAUUUGUAGGCCGGGCUUAAGUUAUUGGGCGUGACCGAAUCUCCCGAUCUACGGCGACUGUUAAUAGUGCGGUUAAAUUAAGUUCUUAUAAUUUAGUUCGAGUAACCAUGGAAUUAGUGAAAUGAAUUGAAGGAUUUUAGAAUGAUAUUUGAUAAUGCACGUGCGCCAUGAGGUUUUAGUCUCAAGUUAUUAUUUUAAAUCGCUGUUCUACCCUUCAUAUAACUAUACUUGAGAUCUUAGAACUUAUCUCAAGGUGGGUGGCGCAUUUACGUCGUAGAUGUCUGUGGGCUCCAGUAACCAAUUAACAGCAGGAUGGCUGCAUCGCACAUUCUAAGCGCGGUGGAGCCGACCGUCGGCGGCGGAGGUUCUCGAAGUGGUCGUGAGCGUGAGGUUUCCGUGGCACUCGACGACAGGGAACUAUGGGUUCGCUUUCAGACCCUUACAAAUGAGAUGAUCGUUACUAAAAAUGGAAGACGAAUGUUUCCCGUCGUAAAAGUAACCGCUAGUGGCCUAGAUCCAACAGCAAUGUAUACUGUUUUACUGGAAUUUGUACAAGUUGAUUCGCAUCGAUGGAAAUACGUGAACGGCGAAUGGGUUCCUGGGGGAAAAGCAGAAGUUCCACCUUCGAACGCGAUCUACAUCCAUCCCGAGAGUCCAAACUUCGGAGCCCAUUGGAUGAAAGAGCCGAUUUCAUUCGCUAAAGUCAAACUUACAAACAAAACGAACGGCAACGGACAGAUAAUGCUGAACAGCCUGCACAAAUACGAGCCGCGAGUUCACCUAGUUAAAGUCGGUACCGACCUUCGUCGGAUCAUGACCUAUCCUUUUCCCGAGACACAGUUCAUCGCAGUCACAGCGUAUCAAAACGAAGAAGUUACGUCGCUGAAAAUCAAAUAUAAUCCAUUCGCAAAAGCGUUUCUCGACGCCAAGGAGCGACCGGAGGGCUAUUAUCAACGAGAUUUUGUGGGAACCCACUAUCCGCAGCAAAGUUCCUCGCCACAUCAGUACUCACAAUUUGGCGGUUGGUUCGUUACGUCUCAGUCUCUGUAUGGGGGCGGCGGCACAGCUUCGCGGAGGCCAGCGCCUUACCCUUCAAGGCCACCUUCCCGACCAAGAACCUUGUCGCCGCCCUCUGCGUACAGUAAUUCUGAGCGCACGACCGCUGCGCCGAAUGGAAGUAGUAGCUAUACGUGGUCGAGUAGUAGCGGAUAUUGGAGUGCUGCGCAGGGCGGCAGUUCGCCUCAGCCCAGCACCUCGCCGGCUCCGUACCGUACACCGCCUCAUGCGUACCCUGCCCCCUUGGAAUACGCGUCGGCGCCCCCAACCAGUACCUCAGCCCCGACGUCCGCACCGGCGCCUCUGUACCCCAUACAAUACGAAGCGCCCCCACAGCAUCAUUCGCCGUAUUAUCAACACGCGUAUGCUCCCUAUGCACAUCACGCCAUCGAGGAUAUUUCGUAUUGGCCUAACAGUUUAAACACUUAUGGUUACCAGCCUUCAGAAUAUGUGGGUACUGGUGAAGCUGCUUACAGUACCGAAGGCAUGCAAUUUGGUCCUACUGGCCCCGCAUUAGAAGCAGCGGGACAUAGUGCCGAAGGCCGAGCCUCCCCAUCAGGGCAGGACCAUUCCACAUCUGAUAGAGAAUACAAAUUUAGCACAGACGAGACCCGUCAUUCCCCUUGUGAAGAAUCUUCAAUACCUCCACGUUCCCCCGCACAGUGAUAAAUUAGAAUUGUUACUAGGAAAAAUACGAUUUCACCUAAGGAUGGGAGGUGUAUCAAUUUAUUUAUAAUUAAUGGUGUGAACAAUAAUUUAAACUUGUAUAGUGUUCAUGGGGUUCGGUGUUGACUCUUAGUAAGUUUUUGUUGCGGACUGUUUACAGAAUAAUUUUGUUUUGUGUAAAAAAAUAAGUAUACCUACAGAUUUCCUAUGUAUGUCACUAAGUUGAUGUUUAGUUUUUAUUAGAAUCGUUUGCACAAAUCGAUUAUUGACAUUAAAUUAAAAUAGUUAUUGGCGAGUGUCAUGUAAUUUUACACUAUAGAGAUGAGUGUGGGUUUUAUUAGAGUUCAGGUAAUCGAAUGAGAGGUCAUAUUACAAACUAUUAACACUAGAGGUAGUAGAUAGAUGACUUCGUAAUUUCUUAAUAGGUAGGAAAUUGGUGACAAUGGAAUUAAUGAUUAAUUGAAAAUGUCAUCGCUUUUCAAGGUGCUUUAUAUCAACAACUUCAUUAAGAAAAUGGAACCGUCGCCUUAAAGUUUUUUAAUCUGUAACACGAUACUCCUUCCACACUUCUACCAAUACCACCCGUUCACUUAUUAAAUAAUUUCUAUUUUAUCUACGAACUAAGUAAAAUAUGCGCAAAACAUAUUCGAAUUGUUGACUGUCAUACACCGCAUUUAUGGAUAAGUCUUAAAACUGUUCCAGUCAUGAUUAUCUACAGGCUUUGAGUUGAAAUCUGGAAAGUAUUUUGAGGUUAGCAUUAAGAUCAUAACAAAAUAAUACAUUAAGAUUUUACUUUUACAUAGUGUAUGUAUAUAAAAAUAUCAGCUAAGUCAUCCGUUUGAUUAAAGCCACUGGUAAUGCCACUUUAGAGGACAAACAUAGGUCUAUUUGAUUAAAAAUAUUGGUAUUCAUAGAUUAUUUUCAAUUAAAAAUUGGUUUAUGUUAUUGGCUAGCUUAUACCGCGAAAUGGUUUUGUUUGGUUUGAUUGGCCCUAAAUUGUAAUCGAACAGAAUCGUUGUUGUGUCAUUAUAUUAUACAUAUAUAUUUUUUAAUUUAGUGUUUUAACAUGAAUAAUCUAUCUACUACUUCUUUCAAAGCAUUAAAUGUCAAUGUAUUAAAUUCGUUUAUAAUUCAUUUAAUAUGCGCUCACUAUAUUUAUUUUGCAUGUAUUUUUAUAUGCGGUUUCAAGAGCUAUAAUAAUAUAACAUUUUAAAAAAAAAGAACAAAUUAAAACACACUUUGUACAUAGUUUAAAUAUUAAGAGAAAUUUCAGUCUUUCUAUUUUAUUAUACCGAAAUAACAUAUCAAAUAUAUAUAUAAUAAUGUAUUAGAUAAUUUCAUUUGGUAGUGUAAUGUGUUGAAUAGCCCGAACAAGGUAAUCAAAUAAUAUAAGUAUAUAAAUUUAAAAGUUUCUUUAAGGCAAUUCAUUGUCUUUAUUAUUUCUUAGCAGCCGCUACUAAAUAGAUCUGGUACAACAACUACUAAUGUAAAUCUAAUAAAAAAAAUCCGAAAAUAUAUGUAUGAAACAAAAAUUUAACUGAGCGAUUUUUGAAGGUGUCAACAUCGUGAAGAACUACGCAAAUGUAUUUUUUUGUAUAAAACGCUGCAGUGACUAAGAAGUAAUAUUAUGUAUGUUUCUUUUAUUUAAAUGUAAAUUGUAACAUGAAAAACACACGAGUAAAAUUUAUUUACUUUUUAAUAAAUUAUACAAAUGUGA